CACCUGUGCUUUUCCUACUAUUUUCAACAUGUCUGCCGUGAAAAAGGUCUACAGCACAUGGAAUGUGUACAGUGCAGUCUUGGCUCACUCUGUAACCCCAGCAUGUUACUCUGCUCGGUCACCAUUGUGUGGGGAUUUUUAAUACCUGUUUUCCAGCAGCGGAAAACAUAUCCGUUUAUGAAAUAAACAAAUAUCCACUUUAGCUAAGCUAAUGCUAGGUUUAGGUCAUUGACUGUAAAUGGUUUACCUUAACGUUACAUAAUUGAAAACUAAGUAGCAAACGCCACCUUAAAAAAAAAAAAAAUCAUUGAAAAAGGUAAGUUUUAAACAUUUGUUUAGCCUAGCAUAGCUAGCUAUAGCGUUAGGGUUUCAGUCAGUUUGCUAGCUAGUUAGCGUUAGCUGGUGAGGUUAAUCUGAAAGCUUGCUGCCGAGCCCAGUGGUAACUUCAAGCUAAUCACACGCUUUUCUGUGACUGUGAGCUAACUUAAUAGUGAUGAGUGGACUGGUUUUUAUUAAGGUGCAAGUAUCCCAGUUAUGAGGUUAUUAAAGAAGGUCAACGUGAACGCGCAUCAUUUUAGCUAUAAACCGUGCACAGAGAUUUCUGUGUCUGUGAGGGCGCGCCAUGGCAGCAACGUGCACGAGGAGCGCUGACACCCGAGCGAUCCGAUGUAAAUCACUGCAAUGGGAGGGGAAGAGAGGGGAGGGGAGGGGAGGACACCGGCUACAGCCCUGCCUCCUCCCUGCAUGCGAACACACGGCAGGCAGGAGAGAAGACCAUCACAGGGGCAACAAAGGGACGCUGGUUCAUUUAAGGCAUCAGAUGAAUACAUGAUUCGUUGAGACCACUUCUGUUUACAGCAUCUGCAUCUGUCCUCCCCUCAAAGGGUGUAAUUGCACUGCACAGUCAUGGAGCUGGAGCACUUUGAUGAGCGGGACAAGGCUCAGCGAUAUACCCGAAGGGGCUCAAGAGGGAAUGGGCUCCCCAGUCCCACUCAUAGCGCUCACUGCAGCCUGUACAGAACCAGGACCCUGCAAGCACUCAUCUCAGAAAAGAAGGCCAAGAAGAUUCGUUUCUACCGCAAUGGGGACCGCUAUUUCAAAGGGAUUGUGUAUGCCAUUUCUCAGGAGAGAUUUAGGUCUAUCGAGGCACUCCUGGCUGACCUCACAAGAUCUCUGUCAGAUAAUGUCAACUUGCCACAAGGGGUGCGGACCAUAUAUACCAUUGAUGGGACGUCGAAGAUCACCUCCAUGGACCAGCUGGUUGAAGGGGAGAGCUAUGUUUGUGCAUCCAUAGAGCCCUUCAAGAUGCUAGACUACACAAAGAAUGUAAAUCCCAACUGGGCAGUCGGUGCUAGGACUGCUGCAGCCCUCCGUGACCCUUCUUCCCUUGGUAGCGCCAAGACUGGAGCCCCAGAAACCAGGGAGGGCAAGGACUUCAUUAAGCCCAAACUGGUAACCAUUGUCCGCAGUGGAGUAAAGCCUCGUAAGGCCGUACGGAUCUUGCUCAACAAGAAGACUGCACACUCCUUUGAGCAAGUCAUGACUGACGUCACAGACGCCAUCAAGCUGGACUCUGGAGUCGUCAAAAGGCUAUAUACUGUUGACGGCAAGAUGGUUACAUGCCUUCAGGACUUUUUUGGGGAAGAUGAUAUAUUCUUUGCCUGUGGGCCUGAGAAGUUCCGUUAUCAGGAUGAUUUCAACUUGGAUGAAAGUGAGUGCAGGGUGGCAAAGUCUCCAUCAUAUGGCCGCCUCCCCUCCAUGCAGGGUCUCUCUUCCCCAAGAGGUGGUGGGAUGUCACGCAGGAGUAAAUCUCCUUCAUCCACUGGUUCGGCUAAUGGCACUGCAGGAAGUCAGUUGUCCACACCUCGAUCUGGAAAGUCUCCAAAAUCCUCUCCAACCAGUCCAGCUAGCCUCCGAAGACGACGGGGAUCUCAACACAGUGGCUCUUCACUCUCUUUAGCUUCUACCAAGGUUUGCAGUUCAAUGGACGAAGGGGAUGGGCCUGGCAGUGAGGCUGAGCCAAUGGAUGAGCACCCCUCUGUACCUGCUUCCAUAGCAGAGAGAUACAAAGUGGGGAGGACUUUAGGGGACGGAAACUUUGCUGUGGUGCGAGAGUGUGUGGAGAGAUCCACUGGAAGAGAGUAUGCUCUAAAGAUCAUCAACACCGAUAAAUGCAGGGGAAAGGAACACAUGAUCCAGAGUGAAGUGUCAAUCCUUCGGCGCGUGAAACAUCCCAACAUCGUACUUUUAAUUGAGGAAUUGGACACCUGUAGUGAGCUCUUUCUUGUAAUGGAGUUGGUUAAGGGAGGCGAUCUUUUUGAUGCAAUCACCUCCUCAAACAAAUACACAGAGCGAGACGCCAGCUGUAUGCUGUUCAAUCUGGCAAGUGCCAUCAAGUACCUGCACAGCCUCAAUAUUGUCCACAGAGACAUAAAACCAGAAAACCUGUUGGUGUUUGAACACCACGAUGGUAGUAAGUCUCUGAAGCUAGGUGAUUUUGGCUUGGCUACGGUUGUCAACGGGCCCCUCUAUACUGUGUGUGGCACGCCCACCUAUGUAGCACCAGAGAUCGUUGCUGAGACCGGGUAUGGCCUCAAGGUUGACAUUUGGGCAGCUGGUGUCAUCACUUACAUACUGCUGUGUGGCUUUCCUCCGUUCCGUGGCAGUGGUGAAGAUCAGGAGGCUCUCUUUGAACAGCUUUUGAGGGGCCAGCUUGAUUUCCCUCCACCUCACUGGGACCAUGUGUCUGCCACUGCCAAGGCUUUGAUCGCUGGGAUGCUGCAGGUAGAGGUGGAUCAGAGAUACACGGCUUUACAGGUGCUCGAUCACCGCUGGGUCAAUGAUGAUGGUGUCUCGGAGAACGAAUACCAGCUGCCUGUGGCUGGGAAGAUCAAGAAGCACUUCAACACCGGGCCCAAACUCAGCAGCACCACAGCAGGAGUGUCAGUCAUUACAACCACGUCACUUGAUAAGGAGAAGCAAGUUUUCCGACGAAGACGCCACCAGGAUGUGAAGCUCACUCCCCAACUCCCACACAGUAUGGGCGCCUCCCGCAGCGCCAACCCCGGCCUCCCCGUCGCUGAGUUCACCUCAGAGUCUGAGGACCAUUCCCCCGGUUCGGCAGGCACUGUGCGUUCACCCACCUCUCCGUUCUAACCGCCUUCCAGAGGCCACAGCACCGUCCACCCCUCCGUGGAAAAGUGGGUUCAGUCUGCUGACUCGGGACAUUCAGACUGAAUACUCACCUGUACCUUUUUCAAUUUUUUCCCAGUCAUAAUACUUUAAUAAAAAUGCAUUGAUCGGAGUAAGGGACAAGUUAGUUUCUGGAUCAAAGUAUAUACCUUUUAACGGCCGCUACAUUGCACGCGUAACGUAUGAGACCGAUGUAGCCAGUUAAGAUGGAUUCCACGGCACAUACGGUCUGCGGACGGUCCGCAUACGUUAGACGUUGAAUGCAGCCAAAGCGUAAGGGGAACACCACCUAAAUUUAAGAAUUCCAACAUGUUAUUUCCAUGGGUAGGGAAAGUUAAAUAUUUGUGAACAUGAGCUCCUCUCUCUCAAAGCCAGAAACCAGAGGAGUAAGUCCAAACCUGUGAUGUAAUCAAGUAUAAAGUCUGGAGCUGCCCCACAGUGAGUCUGGUUUUGCUUUAGUCUCGUGUUGUUUGGGUUGUGUACCCAUACACUCGGAACAUUCCCCUGGGGGCUCUCAGGCCCCAUUUACAUUGCUAUGUUUUGGUUUAAAACCAAAUAUCUUUUGCUACAUUCACACCUCGCAUUCCUACUGCUUUGGCGUUCCAGAGCCCCUCCUGACCCCGUUUUGGUUUGGACUCUGUGGGGUUGUGUUGCAGUCUCAAUGGCUGCAAACGGAGACCUUUGGCAACGCCAACACUGACACCAACGUUUUGCCGCCUGAUUGGGUCUUAUGACGUCUCGUUCUCUGAGACUAAUGCUGCGUUCCAGACACCAUUAUUAGCC